CGGUAUCUUUGAGGAAGAUUGAUCAUUAGGGCUGAGGAUAAGAUCUUUUGCCAAUGGCGAAUUGCCAAAUGGGUGACUUAUACCGUACCGGUACAGUCGUACCGGGUAGUCUGGCUUGACUAGCUAGUGUCGAGGGGGUGUGGGCACAGACACAACAUCAUUCAAGAAAGCAACGAGGUGUACAUGUAUCGAUCAUGAUGAUUGCCGUCAUACUGUACUACUGUACGGUAGUCUACUGGGUGCGAUAAGACAAAAGACCAAUACAUGUUUGUCAAAUCCUACGAUCCAUAAAAAAGAACAUUAGUCGACUAUCGAAGUAAGAAGUAAGCAUCAUCUCUCCCAACACCCACGAUGAAGUCGUCAUCAUCAUCGUCAUCUACUGAAAUGAGAAUUCCCCUCAAACAAGCCAUUCUGGUACUCUUGAUGGGCAUCGCUUCUUCCAUUGGAAUCUGUGUUUGGACUGGCCAUUUGAAUGCGCAGCAUCCCUUUUCCUUGUCAAGAGCCAUAUGGCGCGCCCAUUAUGCCUACGAACGAAAUUGGCGCUGGCUGUCCCAUGUCGUAAGACUACGAGACUGGAGAUGGCUUCACAAACAAGUGCAACCCUUCUUUGAUGAUCCACAACAAACUCCCUACGCACAACUUUUUGCGUCCAUGGAAGCCCAGAGUGAGGCUCUGACACAGGAAUGGAUGCAAUUUGCCAAAACGUACAGUGGGGCACCCCUCAUUGGCAAUGUCUUGCCCGAUCACGCCGGGUACAAUCAAUAUGUUGGAGAUCGGUGGUCCACCUUGUGGUUGCGCAUGUUGGGACUGGAAAGUGAGGUUUUCCACAGAGAUUUCCCGCUCCUUCGGAAACUCACGCAGAAUGUCGCCUUUGUGGGCAUUAGUGUCACGCAUGAAAACACGUUCAUUGACAUUCAUCGAGGAUACAAUCCACUCAUAUUGAGGUAUUUAUUUGGCUUGCAGGUACCAGAAGGAUGCAAUCAGGAGGACAAUUGUAAUGGAACAACCACCACAACAAAUACUACUAACGAAGAAGAAAAACCCAUGUUCUUGUUGGUGAACGCACCUGAUGAGCAACAAGGGGAAGAAUGGGCCGUUCGAUAUCCACAGCAUCAGCCUUCUCGCGUCCCAAACAAAAAGAACUCCAACAAACCCACUGUGGGUGGACUAAAGGCCCACUGGGAACAGGGAAAAGGAAUAUUGUUUGAUGAUCUGUUUGAACAUGGUGUUGUCAACCUUUGUGGAACACGAGCUGUUGUCUGGCUGGAUUUGCCACGAUGGGAUUUGCAGUUCUGGGGGUUGCAAUCUGUUUACAACUUUGUUUCCUGGAGACUUGGAUAUUUGUUGCCGUAUACAAAGACUGCCAUUCGACGGACCAAUGAUUGCUUUGCAUCCGCAGAAACAGCCCGCCAAUGUAAUCAAGAAGAUGGCCUUAUCGUCAAAGGAAAGAAGCAAUAAAGAAACCAUUGUUGAGAUAACAAGAAGAGAUCUAUAGCCAUUGCGAGCUAAUUUCUUUUGCAUAAGCAGAAUACGCACCGCAAAAGCUACAUGUAGUCUAGAUGUUUCCUUCACCAUUUCUACAUGUACGUGUGCAAGUCUUCACAUUUACAAGUCUUCA